AUGAAAACUAGGGUUUGGAAUUUUGAGUUCGUUAGAGAGCUUAAUGCUGCUAAACGUAUUGACCUUUUGGAGAUCAAACAUGAUUUAAGGAACGUCAAUUUAAGUCAGGAUGAGGAAGAUAUUAUUGAAGGCGAGUACACAGCGAAGGCGUUAUACAACAAGCUGAUUGAACCGGAGGAAGACUGGGAGUUGGCAGAUGUUGCAGUUAGUAAAUAUGCUCCACCGAAGGUGACGUUUCUUAUGUGGGCUGCUAUGCAUAAGGCUGUUCCAACAAGGUGGAUGUUACAUCACAGGGGUGUGACAGUGAACUCUUUAUUAUGUCUUUUCUGUGAUAGACAGGUUGAAACGCAAGAUCAUCUUUUCUUGCAUUGCAGCUGGGCAAAGACAAUAUGGGAUUUCUUCAUAAGUGCUGUGCAGAUGAAGUGGGUUUUGCAUGCUGAAUUAACGAGAUGUUUGCAGAGCUGGAAUCUACAGGGAGUUCCGAAGAAAUUAAAGAUAGUUUGA